AUGACCAAAGCUGGAAUUACUGAAGAGGUGCUGAACAGCAAGUAUUCAAAUCCUGAAAUGGGAUUGCCACUUCAGAAAAAAAACAACGGACUCUUUUUCUUUAUGACGUGCCUCAUCUUAACAAGCCUCAUAGGAGGCCGGCUGGCAAUGGAUUUGGGAAUGCUGCAGACAGGUAUGCGGGGUGCCUUUGGAAAGCCCCAGGGCACAGUAGCCAGGGUCCACAUUGGCCAAGUCAUCAUGUCCAUCCGUACCAAGCUGCAGAACAAGGAACAUGUGAUUGAGGCCCUAUGCAGGGCCAAGUUCAAGUUCCCUGGCCACCAGAAGAUCCACAUCUCCAAGAAAUGGGGCUUUACUAAGUUUAAUGUGGAUGAAUUUGAAGACAUGGUGGCUGAAAAGCGGCUUAUCCCAGAUGGCUGUGGGGUCAAAUACAUCCCUAAUCGUGGCCCCUUUGACAAAUGGAGGGCUCUGCACUCAUGA